GGGCCUCCCCUGAGUGAAUGACGUUGCACGACAUCAUAUAAAAGAAGACUGAAUUAUCCAACGGCAAGUGCCAAGGCAUACAGGAUCCCUCGUUUGCAACACCUGAAAUCACCUCAGCAUGAAAGUUUUAGUCUUUGGAGCUUCUGGAUUUAUUGGGUUCCCUGUCUGUCAGGCUUUGUCCCGUGGAGGCCAUGUUGUUUAUGGUGUCACUCGAUCUGAGUCAAACGUCAAGAAGCUCGCAGUGGAAGAGAUCAUUCCUAUCGUGGGCGAAUACACUGACUCAAAACCCUGGGUAUCCCUUGUGCCUACGCUCGACGUUGUAAUCAGCGCUGUGGGAGGUGCAGACAUUCGCAAUCUUGAUGUAUCACUCCUCCGCGCUGUGAGUGAAGCAGCUCAGACAACUCGACCCGCAUCUGCGCCGAAACUUACCUAUAUCAUGACAUCGGGAAUAUGGAUUCACGGUGAUAAUCGCAAAGAUGUCGUCACAGACACCACUCCCAUAGUGAACCCCCCUGACCUGCUCACCUGGCGGCCUGAAGUAGAGCAGCAACACGUCAAUGAUCAGGUGCUCAAUGGAAUUGUGAUCCGUCCUGCACUUUUGUACGGAAAAUCGGGAUCAGUCCUAGAGUCGUUAUUCAAGAUAGCAUCUGAAGGCAAGGUGGCAUGGUAUGGCACUCCCGGAGGCAGAUAUUCGCUGGUGCACGCCGACGACUUGGCUGACCUCUACCUAAGAGUCUCCGAAAAGGCUCAGCUGUUGGGCGGCAAGAUAAUUGAUGCUGCUAAUCCCCAGACGGAGUCGGUAGACGACUUCUUGGAUAAAUUGGUCGACGUCUCAGGAGCAAAGGGUCCGUAUGAAUACCUCAAGCCUUCGAAUGUUUUUGAAGCAGCGAUAGCAACAACUGUCCUUCUUCGUCCCUACCUUGCCCGUGCGCUCGUUGGUUGGGAACCGCGUAAGCCUGGACUUAUUGACGGUCUGCCCGUCUAUUACGCUGCUUGGCUCGCGACUCAGAAGAACUGAAGUUACGUCCAGAACUAUUGAUGUAUUCAGAUGAUUCCGUUAUGUAUUCAUAAAUUGCAGCGAUAGAUACUAUGAUGUUGUAUCAUACGAGAAAUUUAUCAUCUCGCCAAAUUGCAUGUAAGAACUGAUAGACUUACUCCGAUACAUAGAAUACCUGUAAGCCAGUACGCACAGCAAGUGAAUAGGUGAAGUAUCUUCGUGGGAUUUGGUGCCGUGCUUAUAAGGUAACUAUAUUAUAGUUUGACUGUAUCCCUGUGACCUUCGCGUCUGUUGACGUCCAUGGAUAGUGUCAGACACAUUUGCUCUGCCACGGCAAUGCAAUACUGCUUGUCUCUCCAACCGUCUGCGAUUUCACCAUCACCAAUACGGGAAGGCGCGGUCCAGACUUCUACGCGAGCGUUGUGUCUUCCUUGAGGCUCUCCGAGAAACCGUGAUUCUGAGUACAAACCAACCGUACGACUAGAAUAAUCCGACGUAGAUGGCAUUCGUGCUUUGAACUCAAUCGUCAUUGUCAUCGUCGGAAACCAACUUGAUUUAGCCGAAUAACCAGCUGUUUCAUUUUCCGGUAGUAAUACAGGCAAAUUGUGAAAUGUAUCACCGAAAAAUGGCAAUGAAGAAGUCUUAAUCCCAUCAUCUGUGCCAGUCAAUUCACACCAUGCACCCCAUUCUGUGCCGCCUCCACCGACGGUGUCGCUGUGGGUACGAGUCUCACUAUCAGGCUUAUUCCUGGCUACAGUCAUAUGAUCCUGAGCCCAUUGAAGGAGCGAGUGAAAUUUCCAAGUGUGCCGAACUGGAUCCGCCGUAGUCGCUGAAGGAUGAGAGUAUAAAGGCAAGCGUCGCGCGUACGGAGAUGGUGGAGCCAACUUAAGUCCAUGGGCAGAAUCGCUACUGGACGGUGAGAGAUCUCCAAAAAUAAAAUGCGCAGUGAUUUUGGUACGUCCAUUUUGCAUAAGAAUCCCAACGAGGUUGGUAAAACCUUUGCCAACUUUCAGUAUCUUCACCUGUACCUCGAAUCUCGCUACAUUCGUAGCUUGAAGAAAAUGGGCAGAGACGUGGAUAGGGUCCCUAUGCCUAGUUGCCGAUUGAUGGAUAAUACAGGCCUCCAGUAUCUGACCUAGAGCAUAUCCUAAAAGAUGCGAUGUUGGUACAUAUCACAUCCUGUAAAUUGCACUCACUAAGGACACACCUCCCUGUGGGACAGAGCCAAUUGUCCAGGUGCCAUCGAUGUCGCCUCUAUACGUGGAAGUCCCGUUCUCUGACGAAACAUGCUCAACCUUGAGGGCAUUGAGCAAAGGGGCCAUACUAGUGUUAAAAGCACUACAGUCAAGACCCAGACUACAAUUCACGGU